AUGUCCGCUGAGGCCGCUACUAAGACUGAGGCCGUGCCCUCGCUCGAGGUCGACGCUGCCGGUGUCCCUGUCGUCGAGGGCAAGACCGCUGAUGAGGUCACCACCGCAAUGGACAAGUCUGCCAAGCAGAUCUACUUCUACUUCUCCGACUCGAACCUGCCCGUGGACAAGUUCUUCUUCUCGCUCACGGCCUGCAACGAGCAGGGCUGGGUCCCUAUCAAGACCAUCCUCACCUUCAAGCGUAUGCGCGAGUUCCAGGCCUUUGGCGUCCCAGUUGUUGCUGAGGCGCUUCGCAAGGCAGCCGAGGCUGAGGGCAGCCACCCCCUCGUCGCUGUUUCCGAGGACGGCGCCAACGUCCGCCGUGUCCGGCCCCUUGAGCCAGUUACGGACGCGUGGGAGCGCUCGGUUUAUGUGAAGGGCUUUGGAGAGGGCGACAACGAGACAAACACACAGGAGAAGAUCGAGGAGUGGUUCGAGCAGUUUGGCAAGAUCAACGCCGUCCGUCGCCGCAAGGAGGACAUUGAGGGCAAGGGCAUGGCUGGCAAGGGCAAGGGCGCGUUCAAGGGUUCCGUCUUCGCCGAGUUUGCGUACGCGUCCGAGAUGGCCAAGUUCCUCGAGAACAAGGCCGACCACCCCAAGUUUAUCGAGAGCGAGGAGCUGGUUAUCGAGUCCAAGAACGACUACGUUAAGCGCAAGUGCAAGGAGAAGGGCAUCCCCGAGUCGGAGAUCCACCGCUCUCGCCCGGAGCGCAACGCGCCCCGCAAGUUUAACGCUUUCCGCGAGAUGAACAAGAUCUCUGAGGGCCGGAGCGGCGACCUCGCCAAGAUCCCCAAGGAUGUGGAGAUUGUUGGCGAGGCCCCCGCCGUCGAUGGCGGUUUCAAGCGCAAGCGCGAGGACGGUGACAACGAGGGCCGCCGCGAGAAGAAGGAGCGGACCCCCCUCACCUUUGAGUACAAGGGUGUGCGUCUUGAGAUCGACGACAAUGGUCAGAUCAAGAACCCUGCCGAGGUGCCGUUCGAGGACGGCUGCGCCGUCAAGUUUACCGUCCAGGGCGAGGACAACUGGAAGGACCUCAAGGCCAAGGUUGUUGAGACUGCCAUCUCUGACGUCUUCAUGGCCCUCCCCGCAGGUGCCAAGGUCGGUACGAUCGCGCACCAGAGCUCUACCAAGAUCACCGAUGAGGAGCUUGACAAGCUCGUCGGCGCCGGUCUCCAGUACGGUGGCAGUGCGGUCACGUGGGAGCGCAUGAACGAGGAGGAGCAGCGCGAGUUCUGGGUCAAGCGUGCCAACUACCAGGCCAGCGUCAAGCACAAGGAGGCAAAGGAGGCGCGCCGUCACGAGUGGAAGGGUGGCCGUGGUCGUGGUGGUCGUGGUGGACGUGGCGGCCGUGGCCGUGGCGGUUUCCGUGGCCGUGGUGGGGGUAACCGCGGUGGCGACCGCAACCGCGAGAGGGCUGCUGCGGCCGCUGCCGGUCUCCCGCCUACCGUCGGUUCUGUCAAGUCUGAUUAA